AUGAUGAUGUCCGUUGUACCGGCCUUUUCCUUUACUGAACCGGUUUCGGUUAAUCAAUUACCCGAUUUCCAAACCGGAUUUACUCCUUGGGAUCUGGACUGUUCCGAUCUCUUCUCUGUGAUCAAAUCGUCUCUCGAACCGGUCAUACCGAGUCCUUGUACUGGUGAAUCCGAAACCGGUUCCGUCAGAAUUAAUACCGGUUUUCACGACAUAAAAUCCGGUUCUGACGAAUCUUGUAUCAUUUCCAUCAAAACAAGUUCCGGUUCAGACGAUUCCGACUGUAUUCACGCCGGACCGAGCCCUCAAUCCGACGAAUCGGACUCGGACCAUAACCGGGAGAAAACGAACCGGCCGGUUUCGCAGGUGACUGACGAACGUAAGAGGAAGCGGAUGGAAUCAAACCGGGAAUCGGCGAAGCGGUCAAGGAUGCGAAAACAAAGACACAUUGAGGAUCUAAGAGACGAAGUAAACCGGCUCGGUUUAGAAAACCGGGAACUCGGAAACCGGCUCCGAAUCGUUCUCUACCACAUCGAACAGAUUAGUACGGACAACAAUCGGCUCUUGUCGGAACAAGAAAUUCUCAGACGGAGAUUCUUGGAAAUGAGACAGAUCCUAAUUCUCAGACAUCUUCAGAAUCAGCAACAAUGGGGACACAACAAUCCACUAUUGAUCAUUGAUCAUCAUCAAAUGAUAUGA